AUUCGUUCCACGAACUUCCAAUUAUGGUUGGUUAUCAAAAACGGGGAAGAGGUACCGAUGAAGAAAGUCGGAGACAAGUUGAUCCCCAAGACCGAAGACGAGUUUGAUGCCGAGGACAUCAAAAAGGUCGAGAAUUAUGCAAAAGCAAUAAACAUGCUUUAUUGUGCCGUAAAUCCUGAUGACUACCGCAAGAUCUCUUGCUGCUCAACCGCCAAAGAGAUGUGGGAUAAACUUGAGGUGACGUACGAAGGAACGGACCAAGUACGUGAAGCCAAGAUUGACUUCCUCACCCAAGAAUAUGAGAUGUUCAGGAUGAAGGAGCACGAGAAUAUCGAUGAUAUGUUCGACCGUUUUUCCAAGAUAGUCAACGAUCUUCAUGCAUUAAAGAAGACUUACACCGACAGGGAUCUUGUGCGAAAGAUCCUACGGAGCUUGACAUCCGAAUGGAAAUCCAAGGACGAUGCCAUAUAUGAGUCAAUCGGCACAUCAACUGUCACCAUCGACGGUUUAAGAGGUAAUUUAAAAACUUAUGAAUCUACUAUACUUAACCCGUCUUUGAAUGACCAGAGAAAAGGCAUAGCAUUAAAAGCCUCCAAAGAACCGACAAUGAAUGACUCAAGCGACGAAGAUGAAGUCAAACUAAUCAUGAAGAAGUUUUGCAAACUUCUAAAGAAAGAGAAGGUUGAGGAUGGCCUUGUGUGCUAUGGAUGUGGUGAAGCCGGGCACAUCAAGAAUAAAUGCCCAAGAAGCGGAAGGAAUGCUCGUCACUUCAAAAAGCAAAGAGCAUACAUCUCGUGGGGUGGAGACUCCGGCGAUGAAUCAAGCGAACAAGAGGAAGAAGAAGAAGCAAAUCCUUGUCUCAUAGCUCAAGAAGAAGAGGAGUCCGCCAACAAGCGAAAACCAAGAGGUAUGUAUUUCUUCUACCGGUUCUUAUUCUCUUGAAGAAAAGCAAGAAGCUCUCCAAGAGCUUUAUGACGAGUUUGUUAGCGCUUCUAAAACCAACAAAGCUUUAAUGAAACGUUUUUCUAAUC